UUAGGUAAUGCUGGCUGAUCGCGGGGAACGGACGAGGAAGAAUCACUAACCACGGCUUCGACCGUCAACCUCAGUAUAUUAUAUGGAAAAACCCUAGCUCGAAGAUUUAGAACGAUUAUUUCGACAUUUUCUUCCCAAGGAACCCACUGCUACCCUGUGUAGGCCCUUGACCAAUCCACUGCGGCUAUCUCCAACGCUCGCCGCGAAGUCCUGGCGGUUUCCCCCAACAUCCCAACGCCACCACCAUAUAUUAUUGCCCUCACUCGCCAUUCCCCUCACCCUCCCCGCCCACUCUUGUUCUUAUAUAUAUAUAUAUAUUAUAUGUAGUGGGAGAACCGAAAAUACAAAGACAUUUUUCAAAGCCUUCAAAGAAUAUUAGACCGUCACAGAUUUCCUAGCCCCUGCCAGUUCACCCAACUAGUAGUUCACGAUGGCCACUUCUGCUGCAGCGGGGCUGCUCGGCCGCCAAUUGAAGCAGAUGCAAACAGAUAAGGAUAUCCCGGGAAUAAGCUGCGGGCUGGCGAACGAUAACAUAUUUGAAUGGGAGGUUAUGCUCAUGAUCUCGGAUGAGUGUAAAUUUUAUGGCGGCGGCUUUUUCUGCGCUCGACUAACCUUCCCCCCGGAGUAUCCUCAUAUGCCGCCGACGAUGAAAUUUGAAACUCCAAUAUUCCACCCAAAUAUCUACCCUAACGGCGAAGUCUGCAUAUCCAUCCUACAUCCCCCCGAGGACGACAAAUAUGGCUACGAGUCUGCUGCCGAGCGCUGGUCGCCAGUGCAGACCCCCGAAACCAUUCUCCUCAGCGUUAUCAGCAUGCUUUCUAGUCCCAACGAUGAGAGUCCCGCAAAUGUGGAAGCUGCAAGACUCUGGCGGGAGGACCCGAAGGAGUUUAAGAAGAGAGUACGGCAAUGCGUGAGGCAGAGUUUGGGCGAAGAGUAACUGGAGGGUUUCGUUUCGAUUGGUGGUGGAGCUGUUCAGCUUUUUUUUUUUUUUUUUUUUUUUUGUGUUGCUUCGCUUUCUCGUUAUAUUUCCGGGCAUUUUCUUUUUCAUAUAUUUUCUUUUCUUUUUCUCCUUGUUUUCCCGUUUCUUGUUCAGGUUCAUGUUUUCAGUAAAAGGCGUUCAGACCAGGGGCGCCUUUUUAUACGUUGCAUUGUUAUAUCCUGCUUCUUAUUUGCUAGCCAUAACUAAUGACGCAGGACAUCUCCACUUUACUUCUCCUGAUUUAUGUUCUCACUUGCUCGAUACUAGGAUGAGUGGUCUGGUGUGUGUCUUGGGGAUCUGAGCACGGACAGGGUCUAAUUAGCUGGAUGCUUUGUUCUUGCAACUAGAUUUUUAUUUUUUAUUUUUUAUAUUUUUUGAGAGCCCAAUCUCUGUUCUAAUCUGCAUGUGAGUUUUUGAAUCAAGUUGCGUUUUCUUCCGAAUUCCUUCGCGUGAAUGCUUGUUGGCGACAGGGCUUUCUUUGAUAUAAACGUCGGCUUUGGAGCGUUUCAACUCUUGGGACCACCCGAUUCCUUGUGAGGAUGGCUGGCUGAAAAACGACUUGUCCACGGGAUUAGUGGCAGUGGUGAGCUGGUUAUCCAUAAUUUCAGUUAUUUACUGCGCGCUUUUUUGCAGGAGUUCAGCCGCUCGAUGCAUAGACGACGAUCAGACUUGGGUUAAUUCCCCUGCGUAGGAGCUAACUAAAUAAGCACAUAUUAUUGCUUACGCUCGCUUUGCUGCUUGCGCAGCCCCCUCUACCACCACCACCGCCCCUACCGCCCCGCAACCCCCCCUUACUACCUCUUCCACCCCAUCCACCCCAUACCCCCUCUUCCACCCC